UGCCCCCAUCAAAAGCACAUUUCAACACUGUUUUUUGCUUUAAAAACUAACAUUGCUUGCUCGAAGGACUCUAGCAAUAAUGGGUAAUUCAAGUUUGGUUGUCUUUCUUUCUUGUAUACUCAUAAGCCUUCUUAGCCUAAAGACAGCCGCGAUGUGUUAUAACACAGGCAACUUCACCACUAACAGCACAUAUGCCAAAAACCGCGACAUCGCUCUAUCUUCCCUUGCCUCAAAUGUCUCCGCCAAUGGUGGGUAUUAUGCUACCUCCAUCGGGCAAGGCUCCGACACAGUUUUUGCUGUCGGAAUUUGCAGAGGUGACCUUUCCAACUAUAGGUGUUUCGACUGUAUCAAUUAUACAAGUCAGGUUAUUAUCAACGAGUGCCCGAACCAGAAAGAAGCGAUUAGUUGGGGAAACCCAGCUCUCUGUACCGUGCGGUACUCAUACAAGUCCUUUUUCAGGGUUAUGGAUACUGCUCCAGCUAUCUGUGUGAUGAUUACAAAUAACAUCACCAACAAUGUUGAUGAGUUCGAUCAGGCCAUGGGUACUUUGGUUGAUAGCCUUAUAUUCAGGGCUGCCAUGAGUGCUUCAACUUCUUCUGGAUCUUCUCUUCUCAAGUUUGUAACUGGUAAAGAAAACUUUACAACAGAUCAGGAUAUAUAUGCUCUGAUGCAGUGUACCCCUGACCUAUCAUCAGCUGAUUGUUCAAAUUGUCUAAGAGGAGCAGUGGAUAUAUAUCGAAGUAUUUGUUAUAGGAAGAUACAAGCAAAUGUUUUGGCACCAAGUUGUGUAUUUCAUUAUGAAUUGAACCAAUUCUAUGAAUAUACAGCUGAUGCUUCACCGCCACCACCUCCACCACCUCCACCACCUCCACCUGUAGUUACUUUGGCUCCUCCCCCGUCAGUAAACACUACAACCAAAGCAGACAAUAGGAGUGGCACAUCUCGGACUGCUAUUAUUAUUUUUGUUCCCUUGAGUUUGUUAUUAGUACUUUGUACCCUUGCCAUUGCUUUUUUCCGAUUAAGAAAGCCUGAGGAUGUGCAAAAAAGGUUGGAUUCUGGUGGCCCCUCCAAAAUGGCUUGGACAACAGUCGUAUCAAAAUUAUUUAAGGUUUCAAGACAAGGUGGUUUGCACCAUGCUGAUGAGGAUGCAUCUCAAAGUGUGGAUUCCUUGCGAUUUGACUUUGCCACAAUUAGAGUAGCAACAAAUGACUUUUCCAAUGCUAAUAAGCUCGGACAAGGUGGAUUUGGUUGGGUAUACAAGGGUAAAUUAUCAAAUGGACAAGAGAUUGCUGUAAAACGACUUGGCGAUUGUUCUACACAAGGUGAAGUAGAAUUUAAGAAUGAAAUCGUGUUAAUGUCCAGGCUCCAACACAAAAAUCUUGUUAGGCUUCUUGGGUUUUGCAUGGAAGGAAAAGAAAGGCUUCUUAUCUAUGAGUUUGUGCCCAAUGCAAGCCUUGAUCGUUUCAUUUUUGAUCCAAUCAAGCGGUUGCUUUUAAAUUGGGAAACACGUUACAAAAUCAUUUUAGGCAUUGCACGUGGACUUCUUUAUCUUCACGAAGAUUCUCAACUCAGGAUCAUUCACCAUGAUCUGAAAGGUGGUAAUAUUUUGUUAGAUAGUGCGAUGAAUCCUAAAAUUGCAGAUUUUGGUAUGGCAAGGCUGUUUGUUGUUGAUCAAAGUAGAGGCAAUACCAAAAGAAUUGCGGGAACCUAUGGGUAUAUGCCGCCUGAGUACGCAAAGUUUGGGCAAUUCUCUGUGAAGACUGAUGUCUUUAGCUUUGGUGUCUUAAUCCUUGAGAUUGUGAGUGGUAAGAAGAAUGGUAGUUCAGUCAAUGCAGGGAAUAUAGAGCAUCUUCUAAGCUAUGCAUGGAAAAAAUGGCGAGAAGGCAAAGCUUUGAGUUUGAUUGACCAAACACUAAGGAGAUUGUUAAAAUUGUUGGGUGCACAAUGCAAGCUCUUGAUACAGUAGGUAUCUUUUGACUAC